AUGCGCGAAAAAAGUGUUGCUCUCUCGCCUUGGGCUGUGCUGGUGUGGUGCCGCAUUCUCCGUUGGCUGGCUCAGCCGGGCUCAAAACAAGGCCUCUGCGCCUCUGCGCCCUCCGACGCGUGCUCCUCGCUGCUCUGGGCUGGCCCCGCCAACCGUAACGACUGCUCAUCAGCAGCGCCAUUCCUGACAACCAUCACCACCACCCUCAAGAAUCGCACCUCUCAUCCCCCUCACCUCCCCUCUGCGAUCGAAAGGUGGCUGGAGCACGUCUCCCCACCGCCGCCCACCAUGAGCCAAGAUGGCGCCGAGCUGCGCUUCGACUCGCCCGAGCACGAGAUCAAGCACUGGAAGUCCAAGGUGGCCGACAUGCAGGAUGCGCUGCGCGAGACCGAAUCCAGCCUGCAGGACUUUAUGGAGAGCAGCAAGGAGCUCGAGCAAGAAAUGGAAAAGGAACUCUCCACUUCCACCAAGACCAUCUCGGACCUGCGCCGCCGCAACGAACAGCUCACCGGCGACCUCGACGACUGGAAGGCAAAGUACUCGCGCGCGCUCCAGGAGCACAACGCCACGCUCACCAACCUCCAAAAGGAGCUCUCCCAGCUGCGCGACGCCGUCGACGUGUACAAGGCCAAGCUGCGCGACACCGAACUCACCAACGACGAGCUCGAGAAUGCAGAGCGCAUGAUCGCUUCCUCGCUCGCCGACAUGGAGGGCAAGUACAACAAGACCAUCGAAAAGACCGCACUGCUCGAGGAGGAGCUGAUCGAAAAGACUAGACUCGAAGAGGAAAAUCAGAGGCUCAAGGACGAGCUGCGCGAGAUGACCGAAGAGAUGACCGUCCUCCGCGACCUCGUCACCCGAUCCAGGGCCGUCUCGCGCGCGGACACGGCCGCCAGCUCCACCUACGACGAGCCACCCGCACCACGAUCCGACCAGAGCUUCGACAGCUCUCCGCGCAAGCACGCCGCCUCGGCCUCCGCCGAGCGCCCCUCGAGUCGCCAGGCGCUCUCGUCGCCCAGCCUCAACCGCGUGCCCAUCUCGCGCCGCCUCGGCGCCAUGGGCCACUCGCGCCGCCUCAGCCGCGACGUGCGCGGCUCCGAACCACCCACGCUCGCCUCGGUGCACGACGACAGCCCCGCCGCCGCCUCUUCGUCUACAGCGCCGCGGCGCAGCCACACGCUCGGCGCCUCGCAUCUCACCUCGUCGCCGUCGGCGCGGGCGCAGCUGCGCGCGUCGGUGCGAGCGGCGGCGCGCAUGAACGGAGUGCCGUCCACGCCGCGCACCGCCACCGCCGCCAACGGCGCCGCCGGCUCCAAACGCAUGAUGGCCGAGAUGAUGGCCAAGAUGAAGGCGCUCGAGACGCGCAUCAACACGGCCAAGGAUCUGUCGCGCGUCGUGUACCGCGCCGACGAGAGCGCCAUCCCGCGGCCGAGCAGCCGCAUGGCCGGCACGCUGCACAGCCCCUCGGGCGGCGGCUUGGGUGGCGGCGGCAACAGCUCGAUGCACGUCGCCUCGUCGACGCCGCGCGCACCGCGGCUGAGCAUGGACGGCAACCGGACGAUCGGGUCGUCGAUCCCCGUGGCUGCGCGCGUGCGCCGCCCGAGCUCGCGCAUGUCCGAACGCGGAACGCCGCCGAUGCCCAGUCUGGGCCUGCCGCGCGCACAGACGCCGAGCGGGCUGCAUGCGCGUGCGCCCAGCCGCACGGGGCCGUCGCCGCUGCCGCUCGAAUUCAUGGAGCACGACCCAGCAGCGACGCUGCCGCACGUGGCGCGCUAUGCAGCGGCGCAGGCGGCGUUGGGUACCGCACCGGGGUCGGCACAGCCAGCCGCGCGCCGAAGGAGUAGCGUGUCGGGCAUGGUGCAUUCGUCGUCGUACGGCUCGCUCGCCAAGAUCCGCACGGGCACAGCCGCCGCGUCGCUACGCGCAGCCACACCGGGCGAUCGUGUAGUUGCGGCGGCAGCCGCGGUGGCGGCGGGAGGUGGUGCGGCGAGGACACCGCUGUCGGCGCGAUUGGCGUCGGGCCACCGCACGGGCUCGAGCGCAAGGGGCAGCGUCAACGGACCACCGAGCUCGUGGAAGUCGACAACAGCGACGGCGACGACGGCCACACUGAGCCGCAGCCGGUCCGGCUCGCUCGGCUCGCUAGGAUCAGUCGAGUGA